GCCAGGGCUGCGAGUCGGCUCUAGGCAGUGCCUGCUAGCCGCGGGAGGGGGGAGCAGGCGGUUCCAUUGGUUGUAAAUCCAACGGUUCAAAUAGAAUUGACCGAAACUGAUUUUUUUCCGGAAAUAGUAACUGGCGAACGUUCACCAGGGAGCAACUGCCAGCCAAGGCCUAAACUGCCGCAUUAUCUUGAUCCUACGUUGCAUGUUGCAUGACAUUUUCACACUCAAAAUUAAAGAAAUGCCAUGGCAGUUCUGCAAAACGGCCAGCCAGUUUCCUGAUAUAUUGGCGAUUCCAAUAAAACAAACUCCUAACCGCCGGCUAGAGUGGAUCGAAUCCUCAGAUAGGGUUACGCCGCUAAUGCCAUGUCGGCGCCUCUUUUGGACAGAGACCCAUGCCCAGACCGCAUCAUCGAGGAUGCCGGCGGUACUUUCGCCAUGGGCGCCGUGGGAGGUUCUGUGUUCCACCUCCUCAAGGGCCUCCACAACUCGCCCAAUGGCGCGCGAAUCAGUGGCGGCAUGCAGGCCGUGCGAUCGAACGCCCCGCGGAUCGGCGGGAGCUUUGCCGUGUGGGGCACCGUCUUCUCCAUCACCAGCUGCGCCGCGGUCUUCGUGCGCCAGAAGGAGGACCCCUGGAACUCCGUCAUCGCCGGCGCCGCCACGCACGGGUUUCUCCACCUGCGCAUGGGCCUCAGGGUUGCAGGCCGCAGGGCGGUCUAUGGCGGCUGUCUCCUCGCGCUCAUCGAGGGCGGCGCCCUCAUGGUAAACCGUCUCUUCGACGCAAAGAAGAACCCCCCGCCGCGGCCGCGCCCUGCCCAUGACCCCAACUUGGCCACGGCGAUCCCAUGCCCGCCCCAGCCCGCCGUGUCCCCUGCGGAGGUCGCGAGCUCGAGCGGUGGGGGUAGCUGGUUUGGGGGCCUAUUCGGCAAGGAGAAGGAGAAGAAGGCCAGCGGCAGUGGCGGCAAGUCGGAGGUAUUAGAGAGCUUUGAGACGCCCAGCCCUCCGAUGCCAUCAUCAUCUGAAUACAAGUGAAAAGAAGGUGCGCGCGGUGCUAAUUGGACUGCUCUCUGGUCUGCAUCUUUCACUCGGUUUCAGGAAAAUGUGUUGUCUUUAAGCUUCAUCCGCUCCUUGUUUCUUCCAUUUUCACGGGAGGAAGUGGCAAUUAUCGCGUGCUUUUGUUGCACGGCGAGCAGGUUCGUGCGGUUUAGUCAUGCUGUUCUUGCACGGAUUUAGCUUCGUUUUUCCA